ACUCUCUAGUGCCAAGCACAAUAAUAAGUACGGAGACAUUGAAAGGGAAUGAUCGAUAGUGAGCGAAGACUUCGACGAGACACUGCACAAAUUUUUAAAAUCAUUUCGGAUUUGAAUUUAGUUGAUCGGCAUUCGUUUAAACGGUGUGAACCUAAAAAAUCGAAGUGCACGAACAUAUUAUCAGUUCAUUUUUUUUCUCUCUUAAUAUUUUGUGUGCGUGUUCAAUCAACAAGUGAUUUUAUUUUUAUGUUCGAUUGAUUUGUUUUUUUUUUUUUACACAUAAUUACUUAAACGAAAAUCAAAUAAAAAUUUCAAUGAAUCGGUUUUAUUGAUAAUUUUUGAAAUUUUCACCUUUUUCCAACGGAUUUUUGUGAUUUUUUUUUUUCUUCUGUUUGGUGUGUUUAAGAUUUUUCAUCGUUGAUAACAAUUCGGGUUUAAUUUGCUGGAUACAUUGAAAUCAUUAAAUUAACCGAAAUAAAAUAAAUCCAUUUAAAAUAAAAGAAAAAAGAAUGGAUUUGGCCACCGAAAGUGUUGUUGUUGUGCCACCACUGGCUAAGGUCAACAACAACAGCAGUACCGAUAGUGUAACAACGGCUACACUCGUCAACAAUAACAAUCAAUUAAUCAUGGACGAAGAACUAUUCACGCCGAUACAAAAGUUUUACGACAAUUGUAACAUAUUCAUAACAGGUGGAACCGGAUUUUUAGGCAAAAUGCUCAUCAAUAAAUUGCUGACCUCAUGCUCCUCCAUCGAUACCAUUUAUUUGUUGGUUCGAAAUAAAAAAGGAAAAGAUGUGCAUUCACGUAUUGAGGACAUUUUCGAUGAUCCAAUUUUCGACAUAAUGAAACGUAAAGUGCCGAAAUUUCGUCGUAAAGUUCAAGGUGUUCCCGGUGAUUGUAUGCUGCCUGGAUUGGGCUUAACAUCGGCCGAUAAGCAAUUGCUUGUGAAGAAUGUUAACAUUGUGUUCCAUAUGGCGGCCACUGUGCGUUUUGACGAAAAGCUCAAGAUUGCCAUGCAGAUUAAUGUGCAAGCAUGCAAAGAUGUCAUGCAAAUAUGCAGCGAAAUGGUCAAUUUGAAGAGUAUCGUUCAUGUGUCGACGGCCUAUACACAAUGCCCACAACGUUAUAUCGAAGAGAAAUUCUAUCCGCCACCAUUGGAUUCGGGCGAAAUGUUGGUAUUGACCAAGUGUACAUCGGACAAACUGCUCGAAUGCAUCACACCCGUUUUGCUGGAUAAAUGGCCAAAUACAUAUACAUUCACAAAGGCAAUCGCCGAGGAUGUGGUUCAUCAACAUGGCGCUGGAUUGCCAAUUGGAAUGUUCCGUCCGGGUAUCGUCAUUUCGACUUAUCGUGAUCCCGUAUCGGGUUGGAUUGAUAAUUUCUAUGGUCCAACGGGUGCGAUAGCCGGUGCUGGUACUGGUGUCAUUCGUACGUUGCGUGCAAAUCCAAAUGCUGCUGCCAAUAUGGUGCCAGUAGAUCUAUGUGUGAAUGGUAUUAUUGCAACGGCAUGGAAUGUUGGCGAACGAUAUGCGGAGAAGAUUUGCCCAAUGACCGAUAUACCGGUUUUCAAUUUCUGUACAGCACCGACAAAUCAACUGACAUGGGGUGAUUUCACAAUCAAAACAACAAAAUAUGGUCUCAUGUAUCCAACAUUAAAAUCAAUAUGGUAUUUAUGCUACGCAAAUAAUCCAAACAAAUUCAUGCAUAUGGCAUCGAUCCUCUUCUUACACUAUUUGCCGGCACUGUUAAUCGACGCGUUCGCCAUUUGCAUUGGAAAGAAACCGAGAUUAUUGAAUACAUACAAAAAAAUUCAUCGUUUCAUGAAUGUCAUUGAAUUCUUUGCGAUGCGACAAUGGGACUAUCAGCAGGACAAUCUAAUCGAAAUGUGGACCAGUCUAUCGGAAAAGGAUAAAGAUAUAUUCUUCUUCGAUAUGAGACAACUCGAUUGGGAUCUAUUCUUACAGCACUAUUUCCGUGGUAUUCGACAAUAUCUACUGAACGAUCCAUUGGAAACCAUUCCGGAAGCGCUCGUUAGAUGGAACCGGCUGUAUUGGAUUCAUCAGUGCGUAAAAGUGGUGGUGUUCCUGAUUUUGCUGCGGAUUGCCUGGUGGUUGAUGUCAUUAUUCAUAUAGAUAAUAAUUUUUUGAAUUACAAAUGGAAAAAAGCAGUUUGAUUAUUAUAUAUAGAUUUACUUUUAGCGACUUAAUAAUUUGCUUGCAGCAUUGAAGCACACAUCACAUGAGUGUUUUUUAAUGAUCAUUUACCAAAUCGUAAAAAAAAAACUUGGAAAAAAUGUUACCAGAAAAUAAAAUAGUUUGUCUGCUCUUUGUUUUAAGUGGGCCGUUCUAAAUCAAAGCAAUUUCGCUUACCAUAUGAUAAAACUACUUUCAUUUCGGAAUCGAUACAGUUCGAAGCCAUAUUUAUACAGCGAAAUCAUUUGAAGCAGAGCCAACAUUUUUAUGAAAAUUAUUAACGAUAAAUAAUUAUUAGCGCAACAACUACAACAACAACAAAAAUCAUGCUGACAAAGCAACAAUAACAAAAUUUAUUAGAGAUUUAGAAAUUUGCAAUAAAAUGACACGCACGAUGAGACAAAAUGUAUGUAAAUGAAAAAUUGUUUGUAGAAUAGCAUUAAAACUACUUGACUAGGACAUGUUUAGGUUCAAUGUUUAAAUUCGGUUCUUUGGUGGGCAUACGAAUGAACCCAUUCAAAUCAAUUACUGGUUUGUGUGUAAAAGGAGAUAUAAACUCUCUUUUUUCUAAAUGUUCAAAUCGUCAGCAAUAUUUUAUUAUUUUUCAUAUUUAUACGAGAGAGUAAAUAACAAUAACAAAAUGAAAGCAUACACACACACACACACACACAUAUGUUAAAAAUUGGAGAUUAAGUCACGAAUAGAUGUAAUGAUUUCAGUAGGAAAGCAAUUCAACCAAUGAAUGUUGAGAUCACAUAGUUUUCUUAUUUAGACGAGUAAAUAGUAUUUCGGUGGAAGAAUGGCGCAUCGACACACCACAUCACAAUACGAAAUGGAAACGAAGACGAUUUUCAAGCCAAGCUCUCGGCCAAGUGUUUGACCAUCUCGGUCAACAAAUGGUCCAUUGCAUACGGAGAUAAAUCACCCUCUGCUAAUUAAUUAACUUUAAAAAAAAUGGGACUGUGCAUUCUCACUUCUAUUGUCACAACAAAAAAAAAAAGUUUUUAUUCAUAAGUUCUAAGUGAACAAUAAAUCGUCUAAGCUCUUUCUUUCUGGAAAACAACA